AGGCAUAUUUUCAUAUGCGGAAUAUGACCGCCUCGUCGGGCAGUUAAAAAUAGAUGCCUAGAGCACGAGCACAAAGAUAGAUCGCGAAAGUAGCACACGACAGUGGCUGGAGAGGAUGGAGCAGCCAGUGGAUGCCAGACAGCAGCAGCGUCAUCGGCGACGUCUGGGCCGCAGCCACCGGGAGCCGACUCCCGUGACGGGGGAGGUUCUCCCCUUGGACGACGCCAGUCCGGAGUCGCCCCCUCCGGAUCCCUUGCCCCAGGUGGUGCGCAUGCAAAUAAGACCCCCUGGCACCUUGUCCGCCCACGAGAGCAAGAUCCUGCGGAAGCGGGACAAGAGCUUCGCCAGCUCAUCGGCACGCAGUCAGUCGCAGCCACGGGAGGCGGAGAAACUGAGCAGUCCGGAUGCCAAUCAUCUCAUCAAGCAUCGCAGCCUUUCCUCGCCGCGCCACAAGGAGGAGUCCAGCGAGAGCGAGCUGACCACCGGCAGCAGCAGCCGGCGACCUCUGCCCAGCUCCAGUCUCGGCCAGACGCAGGACACCCUCAGCCGGCUGGAGCAGAAUCUGCAGCGCUUCGAGGAUGAACGCCGGCGUUUCGAUGCCGAGAAGCGCCUCUUCGAGCGCGAAAAGCGCGAGCACAAGAUGCGGCACCGCCAGCAGUUGGACAACGAGGAGCGGAAGCGUCUCCUGCUGAGCUACCGCAAGCUCAGCGACCGCAUCCAGCUGCCGCAGGACGAGGAGGAGCGACGGCGGCUCAUCCACAGCCUGCGGCUGCAGCGGCACGAGGCGCCCAAGGCUCGGGGGCGCAAUCGAAGCAGCGGCUACGACGAGUCCUCCACCCAGUUCAGCUCCUCCGACGCGGAGGCAGUGGAAGAGAUUCACCAGAGGCCACGGGCACCAAAGAUUCCACAGGGCUUUGUGGCUGCUCCGAUUCGCGGGGCACCACCACCACCACCAUCAUCGCAAAUGGUGGCUCCAAAACCUCCGGAAAGACUCUCCGUGAGUCGCAACAGCUCCCUGUCGCCUGUGAGACCCCAGAGACGUUCCAAGACCCCUGAGCAGCGGGAGCAGAUCAGCCGGAAGCACGAGUACGUGGAGGUGGGCGAGUCCAGGAGCGAGGUGCUAAAGCCGCGGCUCACGGAGGCGGAGCAGCAGUCGGAGCUGAUGCAGAAGUACAUGGAGGCAGCCGAGCGGGCGGCCAAGGCGGAGGCAGCCCUGGCGGAGCAGAUCCUCUCGGCGGAGGGAGUGCGUCGCAGUCACAGCCUGAGGAUGGCCGAAAAAGAAGAGAAGCCUCCGAAACGCAGUUCUAGCUUGGAGCGACCGCUGGUGGCCAAGCGAUCGGGCAGCCUGGAGAGGAAUGCCCAGCAGCCUCAAGUCACAGAAGAAACUGUUCACGAUGAGAUUGAACCAGUACCUGGAGCAGAACCAAAACCGGAAGUGGAACCUGCUCUGUUACCAGAGGUGGAUAGCCCAAAAGCCGAACCGAAAGUAACCUUCCUGCAGCGCCUCAAAAACCUGUUCCGGCGAAAAAAGAAGAUUGAAAGUGUCACAGAGGAUGACACAGAUUUGUCCAAGGAAAUUCAGCCGGAGAAGUUGGCCUCCAGGGCCUUUUUAUACCACCUCCAGCUGGAGGCGCGACAUGAAUGGAAGCGCCUCAAGCUGGACUACCCCCAGGAGAUGGAGGAGCUGCGACAGCUGCGCAACAAGUGCUUCGCCCAUCUCAUCUGCCUGGCCAUGCUCCUGGGAUUCGGAGGCCUCUUAUUCAGAUACACGGAGGGAGCCGCGGAGAAUAUCUACAAGUGCGAGGUGCGCAAGGUCAAGCGGGACUUCAUCGACAGACUGUGGGACGUCAGCCACAACAUGAGAGAGGAGGACUGGAAGUCCCUGGCGCGCCAAAAGCUGCGCACAUUUGAGGAUGAACUCAAUAACCUGGCGGAGCUGGGGCUGCGACGUUUUCCUGGCCAAAAGUCGUGGAACUUUGUCAAUUGCUUUAUCUUCUGCUGGACCGUAAUCACAACCAUAGGAUACGGCCACAUCACACCCAAAACGGACUGGGGCCGAGCCCUGACCAUCGUCUACGCCAUCAUCGGCAUCCCCAUGUUCCUGAUCGUGCUGGCCGAUCUGGGCAAGCUCUUCACGCGCUGCGUCAAGUUCCUGUGGGCAUAUGUGCGGCGUUUGUACUACACACGCUCCUGUCGCCGCAUCCGGAAGCAGCAGCAGAUCCGCGACGCCAUGACCGGCUUCAACACGGUCUACGACAUGGCCAUCCGGCGGCCGAGCAUGUUCUUCGGCAAGUCCAGCGUGGACAACGACGAGGAGUCGCAGGCGGACGCCGAGGCAGCCCGGUCGAUGGGCACCUCGCACCCGGAGACGCCCACAUCGCCGUACCCGGAGACCUUCGAGGUGGACGACGAGUUCAAUCUGCCCGUGUCGGUGGCCACUCUCCUGCUCAUCUCGUACAUUCUCCUGGGAGGUGUAGGCUUUAAGAUGAUCGAGCCGGGCUGGCAGUACCUGGACUGCUUCUACUACGUCUUCAUCUCGAUGUCCACCAUCGGCUUCGGCGACUUGGUGCCCGGCGACCCGUUCCUCGUGAUGGUCAGCAUGAUCUACCUGAUCUUCGGCCUGGCCCUGACCUCCAUGUUCAUCAAUGUGGUGCAGAUCAAGCUGAGCGAUCACUUCAAGCGGGCCAGUGCCAAGGUGGGUGCCACCAUCGGCAUGAACAUGGCCAGUGAGUUUGGCGACGAGGGCGGCUCGCAGGUGAAGACUCCCUCGGAGAUGGCCUCGGUGCACGGAUCGCGGCUGGACAGGAUCGAGGAGGAUGGCCAGGAGGGCUCCCUGCCACCGCUGACCUCCAUCCUGCGGGCACCUCGUCCCCUGUCGCCCCAGUUCAGCGGCGUGGAUGGCAAUGGCAGUGUAGUUGGGGAUGCAGAGGGGGAUGUCAGUCCACCACCCCUGCUGCCCAGACGUCAGGUCUCCGUGGAUCCGCAGCCGCCGGCGGAGGGGGAGGGCAGGAAGAAGAAGAAGCACAGGUUCUUCUAGAGACCUUGCUCCGAGAGAGACCCCCAAAAGCAACUGACAACGCUACGUAGUAAGGAACCUCAUAAAUGACAAGGCAAUUUCAGUCGAAUUUACCAGGACGCUGUUCUGAGACACAAUCUUUUCUUUUGUUACUUAAUUUUACUUACCAGCAUCGUAGGCUAAGACUAAUGUUAAUGAAAUAAAACACGAGAGUUGACAACGCAA